UAGAGGGCUCUGGCCGCGGCUAGGCGGGACCUGGCUCCGCGCCGCUCCGGCUCGCAUACCCCGCCCCGUUCGAAGCGCUUGAGGCUCCCGGCCCGAGUAUGGCCGAGAAUUUCGACCGAGCUCCCGGUGCCGGUCGAGGUCGGGGCCGCGGGGGCGGCGUUCUCGCCGGCGCGCUGGAGAACAGCGGCGGGGCCUGCCCCGGAGGCGGCGGUUCGCACGGCCCCGGCGCGGUCGAACAGCAGCAGAACAAAACGAGCGGCCUUCUCCCCCAGCAGGAGCCCCUGCGGCCUCCGAGGACGGCGCCGCUGGGCACUGGAAGCGCAGAGCACAUGCAAACAACAAGAAUCCUGUCUGGACCACGAGUUUCACUACCUACUUCUGGACCAGAAAUGGCAAAACCUCAGGUGCCUGUGACUCCUGUGGCAAUGUCAAAAUUGUCAGUUAAAGCUCCUGAGUUCUACCCAUCUGGAUACAACCCAAACUUCAAUCAGAACUUGACAGAUUCUUCCUUCGAAGAUGGAUAUGGUGGGUAUCUGACUUUGGCAGAAUACGUACAAGACUUCCUAAACCAUCUCACUGAGCAACCAGGUUGUUUUGAAAGUGAAAUAGAACUGUUCGCUGAUACGCUGAAUGGCUGGGUUGUAACAGAUGAAGCUUUGCAAGAACUUGUUGAUCUCAUCUAUCAGCAGGCCACAUCAGUCCCAAACUUUUCCUACAUGGGAGCAAGGUUGUGUAACUAUUUAUCUCACCAUCUAACCAUUAGUCCACAAAGUGGGAACUUCCGACAGUUGUUACUUAAAAGGUGUCAAGCAGAGUUCGAAAACAGAGAUGAAGCUGCAAAAGGAGAUGAGGUUACUCGAAAACAAUUCCAUGCCUUUGUACUGUUCCUAGGUGAACUUUAUCUUAACCUAGAGAUUAAGGGAACAAAGGGACAGGUAACAAGAGCAGAAAUUCUUCAAGAAGGCCUUCGAGAAUUGCUAAAUGCUCUUUUCUCUAAUCCUGUGGACAGUAACUUGAUAUGUGCAGUGAAACUGCUGAAGUUGACAGGCUCAGUUUUAGAAGAUGCUUGGAAAGAUAAAGGAAAGGAUGAUAUGACCGAAGUGAUUCAGAGAAUUGAAAAUGUUGUACUGGAUGCAAACUGUAGCAGAGAUGUUAAACAUAUGCUUCUGAAACUGGUGGAACUACGAUCAAGUAACUGGGGUAGAGUUCUUGGAACUUCCUCACAUACAGAAGCUACUCCUGAAAAUGACCCAAACUACUUUAUGAAUGAGCCAACAUUUUACACUUCCGAUGGCAUUCCUUUCACUGCAGCAGAUCCAGAUUACCAAGAAGAAUAUCAAGAGCUGCUUGAAAGAGAGGAUUGGUUCCCAGAUUAUGAAGAAAAUGGAACAGAUUUAUCAGGAGCUGGAGAUCUAUAUUUUGAUGACAUUGAUGAUGAGAUGGAUCCAGAAAUUGAAGAAGCAUAUGAAAAAUUCUGUCUAGAAUCAGAACAUGGAAGAAAACAGUGAGAAGUUACACAUAAAUAUUAAAUAUGUUUAUUAAAGCAGUUUAGGUAUGGUUAGAGUGUAAGGGGAUGCAUAAAUUGAAACAUUUGUACCAAAAUAAGAAAGUUGAGUUUCUCCAACAACUAAAGAUACAGUUUCCCUUUUGUUAAACAGAAUCUGCCAAAAAUUGUGAUCAUAUGCCCUGUAUCUUAAAAUGUUGUGUAUAUAUCAUAGUUUAUUUUAUGUACAGGUAUAUGGUCAAUGCUUUGGCUGCAAUAAAAAUUCGUCUUAAAAAUAUCAUAGUGGAAGUUAAAUUUUAACUGAAGCGGAACUGACCCAUGAAAUUUCCUUUGUGGGAAAAAGGAGAAAAACGAUUUGAUCUUCUAAUUGCUUGCUUGUUCUAAUAUGCAGUAGAACUCUCCUAUCCCUUUUACCAUAUACAAGGAAUCCUUUUUGUUGUUUUUGUUUGUUUUGUUGCUUUUCUUAUUGCUAAGUAGAGUAUGAUCCAAAUACAGAUUAUCUCUGUAGAUCGCAAUCAUGGAAUCAUGAGAAGUAGUUUGUUAAGAUUUUGUGUUUUGUGGGUUGUUUUGUGGGGAUAUAUAUACACACACACACACACUCUCUUUUUUUUAUUAUUUUUUUCUUUGUUUCUUUCUUCCCUUUUUUCAACCCAAGCCCUUUUGUGUGAGGUCUGGACACAUUAACAUGAAAUAUGGGGAUAUUGUGAAAAACUAAGCUGUAUUUUAUAAGUCAGGUGCUUUCAAGAUCUGUGGUUCAGAUAAGCUUAUUUCUAACUUUUACAAGCAAAAACUAUCCUUUAAAUAAUUUGCUGUGUUCUUCAAGACAACAUGAAUAUAGUUAUGGUUUAACCAACGCUCCUCAAGAGUAUGUGCAGUGCUCGAUAUAUUUUUGAAUGUAUCUAACAUGUCUAACCUUAUGGCAACACUUGCAAUUUUCUCCAUUCUUCUAAUUAUUUUAUAUAAGUUGUCUUAAUUUUGUAGUUUGAGUACGUUCAUGUAUUUCAUAAAUGUUAACAUUCUGAAGCUGACUGCUCUUUUUUGACUCAAUAUAAUCAUGUUAGUCUAUAAUAUUCCAUUGUUGCUGUUGUUGCCAAACUCAGUUGUACUGUUUCUUGUUACCUGUUUCUGGUUAGACUAAGUAGAACCCCUCACCAAAAAAAAGAAAAAGAAAAAAAAUAAAAAAAAAAGAAAUAAUUCCCAAAAAGUAGCUACUGUAAAGAACAUGUUGUAAAUAUGCAUGUAAAUAAUUCUGUUAAUAUUUCACUGUAAUACGUUUGGUUAAAUGACUUGUGCGUCUGCUAAUACAGUGAGCACUGUUUUCUGGGUGUUUAUUAAAUGUUCAUUUAGGUUGGAGUUUUGGAAAAUAAAAUUUAACUAGCUUUGUUCCCUUUGUUA